ACAAAAUGAGCAAGUCCUAUGCCAACGAAAGCUUUCCUUCCGCCCUUCCAUCCGCCCUGCAAAGACUUUUCCGCCGUUUCGAACGUAUUUCGUGUUGGCCUCCACCAUGAAGCUUUUCAGAGGACCUGGUCUCGUUUCCUUGGUGUUUCUUCUGGCGGCUUUGGUCUCGGUCUCAGAAGUAGAUGCAUCCAAGCAACCUCCUGGGGUCAAGGAGAGGUACAUUCACUUCCUGAAACAGCACCGAGACAAAUCCAACUCAAACACCGGAGGAAGGUACUGCAACGAUAUGAUGAAGAAACGAGGCCUGACCCGUCCCAACUGCAAGGUCAAGAACAGCUUCAUCCACGCCAGCGAUACGGACAUCAAGGAUGUGUGCGGAAACCGAGGGGAGCCCUAUGGGAACAUGCGCCUGAGCUGUAAUCCCUUCCGCGUCACCACCUGCGAGUUGAAAGGAGGGUCGAACCGUCCGCCCUGCAAGUACAAACACGACAACCGGCCCCGCCACAUCGCCAUCGCUUGCGACCAAGGCUAUCCCGUCCACUACGACGAAGGCAAGGUCAUCCUAAAUCGACCCCAGCCGUGUCGGAGAUAACCCGGCCGGCGUUGCUCUCCGGCUGAGUCCAUUUCUCCUGCAGCUUCUUCUGUCUUUUGUCACUGCAGCUUUCACAACCGAAGAAUAGCAUUUUGUUCUUACUCUUCUCCAACCCAUCCCAACUCUGAUUCCCCCAUCCAAGUGUGCCGGCUUAUACGCCAGAUCAGGGGUCCCCAAACUAAGGCCCGGGGUCAUUUACCUGGCCCCCGCCCUCAGUUUUAUAAUAUAAUAUAUUGUAUAUACAUAGUUCAAUAUAGUAAUAUAUAAUGCUAAUAUUGUGCUAUGCUAAUAAUAUAAUAUAUUGUAUGUACAUAUAAUUUGUAAGCCACUCUGAGUCUCCUUUGGGGUGAGAAGGAUGUGAUACAAAUGUAGUAAAUUAAUGCAGUAAAUAAUAAAUAAAUAAAUAAAUAAAUUUUAGACUUAGGCUCGCCCAAAGUCUGAAAUGACUUGAAGGCACACAACAACAACAACAACAACAAUCCUAAUUAACUUCACUAUCUCAUUGGCCAGAAGCAGGACCACACUUCCCAUUGAAAUCCUGAUAAAUGUAUGUUGGUUAAAAUUGCUUUUAUUUUGAAAUAUUGUAUUGUUCUUUUAUUGUUCUUCUUCUUGUUGUUGUUGUUGUUUUUGCACUACAAAUAAGACAUGUGCAGUGUGCAUCGGAAUUUGUAUUUUUUUUUUCAAAUGAUCAUCCGGCCCCUCAACAGUCUGAAGGAUUGUGGACCGGCCCUCGGCUUUAAAAGUUUGAGGACCCCUGCGCCAGAUAAACAAAUAAAACUUGCUUUGAAGCAUUGCAAA